AUGGAGACUGCAAUAAAGUGUCCCAUCGUCUGUGCAGCAAACUGCAUCUCCUAUGAUGAACUGAAAGAGCUGAAGACUGAAUUUGCCAUCAAUCUCUACCGACAUGUAUCUGAAGCAGAGAACAGAACCAAUCUGGUAGUCUCUCCAGCAAGUGUGGCUGUUUCUUUGGAGCUUUUGCAGUUUGGAGCUCAAGGAAAUACCUUUAUGGAGCUGCAGGAUGCUCUAGGGUACAACAUUCAUGAUCCAAGCGUGCAGGAGUUCUUGCAUGCACUGUACGAAGGAGUGACCGACUCCAGCCAAGGCACGGUGGUUCAGCUGGCAUGUUCCUUUUUUGUGGACACUGGAGUGCAGCUCUCACCCCAUUUUGCUGCACGUGCUGUACACUGGGCAAACAGCAGCCUGCAGCAAACCAACUUCACUGACCCCAACAGAACCACAGCCCAAAUACAGGAAUGGAUCACUGGUAAACUUGGAGAUGGGGAUGUGCGCAGCGUGCUGCUGGAGAGCACUGGGUCGCCGCUCAGCCAGGUCGCCUUGGUGAGCACCAUGUACUUCAAAAGCAUGUGGCAGAAGAAGUUUUCCUUUAUGGAUACCCAGAUGCUGCCUUUUACCACGGCAGAGGGCUCAACACUGAAAGUGCCGACAAUGCAUCACACAGCUGAAGUUAACUACGGCCAGUUCCAGACUGCAGCUCUGGAGGCUUUCAGCGUGAUUGAAUUACCCUACCUGGGGGAGAAACUCAGCAUGUUCCUAGUGCUUCCCAGCCACAAAAGAACAUCUUUGUCCCAGAUUGAGUCACACAUUUCUGUCAAAACCAUAACCCUCUGGGCCAGCAGCUUAAAGAGAAUGAAGAUGGACAUUUUUCUACCUAGGUUCAGUAUUCAAAGCCUUUUUGAUCUAAAGACAGUUCUUUCUGCUUUGGGAAUUAGAGAUGCAUUUGAUCCCAUCACUGCUAAUUUUAAAGGCAUUUCAGAGCAAGAUGAUCUUUAUAUUUCAGAAGCUAUUCACAAAGCAGAGAUUGAAAUAACAGAAGAUGGUACAAAGGCAUCAGGAGCUACAGCAAUGGUGUUACUAAAAAGAUCUCGAACGCCUAUUUUCAAGGCAGACAGAGCUUUCACAUUUUUCCUGAGAGAAGCUAAUACAGGUUCAGUGCUGUUUAUAGGAAGAGUUACAAAUCCGUCACAAUAA